UGCUAGAAUUUCGUUUUACACCAACAAAUACGGCUUAUUUUUGCUAUACCAAUGACUGCUAGAAUUUUUUAGCAUAAUGGCGAUUUCUUUUUGACAGUUGACUCUACUUUUGGCGCACGUGUUUUCUCACGCACCGUCCUCAAAAAAUCAAAUAAAAAUAUGAACGCCGAAAAAUUGAAGAAGUUGCAAGCGCAAGUGCGCAUUGGUGGUAAGGGUACUCCUCGUCGUAAGAAGAAGAUUGUGCACUCCACCCCCGCUACAGAUGAUAAGAAAUUGCAAUCAUCGUUGAAAAAGUUAUCGGUUAACACCAUACCCGGCAUUGAGGAGGUCAACAUUAUUAAACAUGAUGGUACCGUAAUCCACUUCAACAACCCCAAGGCUCAAGCUUCUUUGCCCACCAAUACCUUCGCCAUUACUGGUCAUGGAGAGAACAAAUCGAUUUCGGAAAUGUUACCAGGUAUUUUAACACAAUUGGGUCCCCAAGACAUCACACAAUUGAAAAAGAUUGCUAGUGAAUUGGCUAACAAGAGUGGUGCCGCUGCUGCUGGUGCUGCCGGUUCAGCCGCCAAUGCUGGUGAUGAUGAUGUACCCGACUUGGUAGAAAAUUUCGAAGAAGUCGCUAUUGGUGCCGCUAAACCCGCUGCUGAGACUGCUGAAGCUGCCAAAAAACCAGAAGAAAUUCCAGUGGCUUAGAUGCGAUAGGUUCUUUUUCAUUAGAGGGGGAUGUUAUUUAAAAAACAAAACAAAAACCAUUAUUUUUACUAUAUUAUAUAUACUUAUAAAAUUUAAACAACCUUUUUAUUAUUACAAUAUCUACAACAUCCGUUCAAUGACUUAAUCAAAAAGUAUACCUUAGCAUUUGUGCAAGUCUGGAUGUGAAGGAUGUGUUUAUAUAAAAACGUUGCUGCAAAAAGGGGGGUUCAACUCAUAUUUCUUCUGUUUGGAUAAAAUGAAGGAACAAUGACGAAGCGGCGGUGAUUUUCUGGACAUUUACUGCACCGGAUGGAUGUUUUUGUUUAAUUGGGCGUUAAGUAGUAAGCUUGAUUUAAUAUCUCGACUAUAUUUAGACUAUAUCAUAACAACAAAACACAAUAUGCUUAAACAAAUAAUAAUAAGAAAUUUGUUAAAUUGAAAAGUUAAAAAACAAACAACAAGUGUAGUACACAACAAAAUACAAACAAAAUACCUAUUAAAAGUUAAGGGGAUUUCUUUUCAAAGAGCAUCUCCUUAAAAGAAAACAAAAUCACCACAAUGUUUAACAAAUUCUUAAUACCAUUAACAAGAACAUCUGGCCAAAUCAUCAUCACUUCAGUCACAACAUAAGGGGGAUACAAACCAAAAGCUUCUCGAAGCCCCAGGUUUUUACAAAAAAAUAAUAAAAAAAACUAAACAAUUCCAUUUAAAGGCUUUCCAAUUUCAAAACAUUACCAUGUUAGAGAAAAGAAAAUGCAGGUUUAAGAAGAAACUUCUAUAUUUUCAUAAAUUUGUUUUUAAAUGUUAAUGUUAAGAAUUAUGGGUCUAGUCUUUAAUUAAAUUCAAAACUUAUGUAAUCAUCAACAAAAUAGACUAUUAAUUCCUAUAAAACAAAACCCCUUGAAAAACCACAAAACUCCAAACCAACCCUUCUAUAUUUAAAUUUUAUAAUUUAGCUAUUUUAUCAUCAUCGUACUUCAUUACUUUAUUUUUGUUCAUUUCGGAAGCUUCAAUACUUUACCACUUUAUUACAACUAUUUUUUUAUUAAUUAAAACCAGAAAAUUCGAUAUUUGAACAAAAAAAAAAAUAAAAAAUAAGUCUUAAAGAAAAUACCUAACCAAAUCUGUUGAAAACAAUGUUUUUCUUUUUUUUAAAUUAACUUUUAGUAAAACAUGAAAAAUAUCAAAUAAAGGAAAUCAUAAAAUACAAACAA